AUGGCCGACCGCCAACUCACCACCCUCCUCACCCAACUCCGCACCCCCUCCCUCCCCUUCCCCCAAUCCACCACCCUACUCUCAAAAGCCAAACUCCUCCUCCUCCAGCUCUCAGCCCUAACCCCCUCCCCCACCAUCCUCCCCGCCAACCUAACCCUCGCCCGCGAGGUCUACGAGCUCGGCGCCCUCCACUCCCUCCGCGCCAAAAACCCCGACUCCUUCACCCGCUACGUCUCCCAGCUCCAGCCCUUCUACGAGCUCCCCCCUUCUGCUUUCUCCUCCCCCUCCCAAAACCAAAACAAAGUCACCGCCCUCUGGCUCCUCUUCCUCCUAACCCAAGGCCGCUACACCGAGUUCCACUCCGACCUCGAAGGCCUCUCAACCCGCGGUUCUGUCGCAGAAGUGGAAAACGACAAGUUUUUGGGGUACCCCAUCAAGCUGGAGAGGUGGCUCAUGGAGGGGGCGUAUGACCGGGUCUGGAAGGCGAUGAAGAAGGGGGAGGUUCCGAGUGAGGAGUUUGGGGUCUUGUGCGAGGUAUUGACCCCCCAAAUCCGCCGAGAAAUCGCCUCAUCCUCCGAGCGCGCCUACCCGUCCCUCCCCUUCCUCUCAGCCCAGUCCCUCCUCUUCCUCGACUCGGAAGGCGCCGUCGUCGACUUUGCCCACAGCCGCGGUUGGGUCAUCAAGGAUAGGACUAUUUACUUCCCCACCGCCGCCGAGCUCAACGCCGACGAGGAAGGGGAGCAGGAGCAGGAGAAGGAGGUUGGCCAGAUGGUGAUUGAAAACACGCUGGGGUACGCCAGGCAGUUGGAGACGAUUGUGUAA